CAGCACUUCCUACUUGAUUUCUGAAGAAGGGGACCCACCCGAAACGUCAACUUUCCUGCUCCUUUGGCGUUGCCUGAGCUGCUGUUCUGAGGAAGGGUCACCGGACCCGAAACGUUAACUCUGUUUUCUCCUUCACAGAUGCUGCCAGACCUGCUGAGCUUUUCCAGCAACUUUGUUUUUGUUCCUGGCCUGCUGUGUUCCCCCAGCUCCACACUGUGUUAUCUCUGCCUCCAGCAUCGGCAGUUCUUACUGUCUCCCAUAUGAACACCUUGUUUCCCGAUUGUUCUUAUGUCGACUGACCCACAUUGUACAGAGUAGAAGGAGGUGGAUCACUCUUGUCCCUUCCCCCUUCCAUCCCCCGGCUUUUCCGGGAGUCCCCACUCGGAUCGUUGUCUCACUCCAAUCCCUUCAGGGGACAAGCAGCUUUGAGGCGAAGCUGCAUUCGGAUCGCUCAGUCCCCCCGGUGACAGUAUUAAAGCACAAUCUGGAUUUUCUCUGCAGCAGACUGAGAGAUUUCUAAUUUCCCGGCCUCAGACUGAGAGGUUGCGGGCAAACCGUUGCCGGCCGAGGAAAUGGAUGUUCAGAAGCUGCAGGGACACAUCUCACUGAAACUACUCCCGCUGCUGCUAAAUGUUGUUGCUGCUGUUCCAGGUGACUCACCUGUCCUGGUUUCUGGGUUCACUGGGGAGCAGGUUGUGCUGCCCUGUACCUACAAGGGGAAUGUCCCAGUCUCAGACUUAUGGGUGAUGUGGAGGACACUUGAGGAUGAAGUGUUAUGUGAAUUUUUCAAUGGAAAUGAUGAUUUGAGAAAACAAGAACCACAGUUCCGAAACAGAACAAACCUGUUCAAAGAUCAGCUGGAACAUGGCAACUGGUCAGUUCUGAUCUCUGACCUUGGGGAGUCAGACCAAGAUGAGUACCAGUGUUGGAUUCAAAAGAGAAUGGGUGUGCAUUUUUCUUUGGAGCAUUCUGAUUUUGUCUAUCUCUUUGUAAGAGAGCGAGCUGCUACACCUGGACUGAACACAACUAUUCCAGGUCCUGGAGUCCCAACAAGAGGAAGAGUUGGAUUGGGAAUCGGAAUUGCUGCCAUUAUUGUUAUCUUCAUUGCAAUUGGGGUUUAUGUCGUUCUAAAUCAAAAAAGGGAUUGUGCUCAAAACCGACACUCCAACAAUCGAAAUGAAGCAUUGAAUGGUGUCCCUUUGAGCGAGGUGAGCUGUUCAGGUGAAGCACGGAGCCUUGUGCCAACAGCACCUGAGCAUCAGGAUGGAGUGGCUGGAGAACAAAACCUUCUGGGGAACGGGGCUGUCCAGUACUGAGUUUCCUGUGCACUGAACCUGGGGAUCAACAGAUUCCUGUUGGAAAGUUUGAGCUCAGGAUUGGGAUCAACAAUCACUUCCCACUUUGCACAAACCCUUCUGAGCAGAACAGUCUCAGGAGAGAAACUCCCUUUGGAAGUGUUAUCCCUUUACUGGAAAGAACUGUCCAAGUAUUUCAUUCUUUGUAUUAUAUCUCAGUAUUACUGUUACAUACUGUGUCCAAACACAGUCUCAGGGUUCACUUUUAGGGGCCUACCUUUUGAUCACUCCCUGAGAGAGAUUUUUCCAAGACAUUUUGCAAAAUAAUCCUACUAAUUAAUGAGUGGGUACAUCAGGUAGUUUCUGAUAUGUUUGUUAACUUUAUUUCCGUGGAGGUGAUGCUGCCAGGAACUACAUUAUUGCCGGCAACUAUUUUAUAUCUGGAAUUCAGACACUGGAUGGUUUACAGAUUAUAAUUGCAUCUGGAGAAAUGUCUUGUACAUUUAACUGUUAAUUUUCUGUAAAUGAUUUUUCUAUAAAAUUGUAUUGUAGAUAUUUUGUACAUGAAUCUGUCAGUUGUUCAUUUUCUUUACGUACUGUUUGCUCCAGCGUGUGAUUAAAGGGAAGCUGGUGCCGAUAUGUAUGAAAUGUAUAUAGAAUUCUGUGUGAAUAUUUUGUAUGGAUAUAUCUGUAUUUUUAUCCUGGAUAUUUGCACUGAUAUUGUACCGAUAUGUCUUGUAAAUUUAAAUGUGACUUUUGCAUAUAAAUAUUUACUCCACCAGUGUUUGGUCAUAUUUUUAAUAGGAUGAUAGAACUUGUGUUAUCAAUAUUUUAUGUAUAGAUAUAACUGUAUUUUUAUGCUAGAUAUUUGUUACUUUUCUACAUGCAGUUUUUGCUCCAAGCUGUGAUUAAAGAGAAGCUGGUGCUGAUA